AUGCCCCUCCACCACUUGAUGUGCGGCACCUGGACCCCUCCGGGUGCCAUCUUCACCGUCGUCUUCGACGAUGAGAACCUAACGCUUGAGCUGGUUAAGCGCACGGAGAUCCCCUAUGAUGAGCCCAUCUCGUGGAUGACCUUUGACCAUGCCAAGAAGAACCUCUACGGCGCGGCCAUGAAAAAAUGGUCCAGCUUCGCCGUCCGCAGCCCGACUGAGAUCGUCCAUGAGGUGUCACACCCCAUGGGCGGCGAUCCCCAAGCCAACAGCCCCGACACCAACACUCGUGCCAUCUUCCUCCUUGCCGCCAAACAGCCCCCCUACUGUGUCUACGCCAACCCCUUCUACAACCACGCCGGCUACGGCAAUGUCUUCUCCGUCUCUGAGACGGGAAAGCUCGACAAGAACAUUCAAAAUUACCCUUACCUCCCCAACACCGGUAUCCAUGGCAUGGUCUUCGACCCAACUGAGACUUACCUCUACUCAGCCGAUCUAACCGCCAACAAGCUGUGGUGCCACCGCAAACUCCCCUCUGGUGAGGUCGAGCUCGUCGGCAGUAUCGAUGCCCCCUCCCCUGACGAUCACCCACGUUGGGUCGCCAUGCACCCCUCGGGCAACUACCUCUACGCGCUGAUGGAAGCCGGCAACCGCCUGUGUGAGUACGUCAUCGACCCGAUCACACACAUGCCGGUGUACACACACCACAGCUACCCCUUGAUUCCGCCGGGCAUCCCGCGCAAGGACAAGGAGACAGGCAAGGGCCUGUACCGGGCCGACGUCGUCGCGCUGACCUUCAGCGGCAAGUACAUGUUUGCGUCGUCGCGCGCCAACAAAUUUGAACUGCAGGGUUACAUCAGCGCGUUCAAGCUACGCGACUGCGGCAGCAUCGAAAAGCAACUUUGCCUGCAGCCGACGCCGACGAGCGGCGGUCAUAGCAACUGCGUGUCGCCUUGUGACUUUAGCGAUGAGUGGGUUGCCAUCACGGAUGAUCAGGAGGGCUGGCUAGAAAUCUAUAGGUGGCAGGAGGAGUGCCUGCAUCGGGUUGCCAGGGUGAGGAUUCCCGAGCCAGGGUUCGGGAUGAAUGCCAUUUGGUAUGAUUAA